AGAUGUUAGACAAAAGGAACUAAGAGAAAAGGAUCAAGACUUACUACAACACACUGGGGUUAUUUCUUAUAUUAUACUUGAAGAAGCUGAAUAUAAACUAAAAGAUACUAUCAGUAGCAAAGAGAAGGAAAGAAUUGAAUUGAAACAAGAAAUAUCAAUGGUAGAAUCAUUGGUUGUUCAAAGUGAUACUGAAUCAAUUAAAGAAGUUGAAGAAGAGCCACUUUAUGAAGAGUUGACUGUAUUGAGGUCUCAGUUUAAUGAGAUACAAAAAGAAAACAAAGAAUUGUCAGACAAAUUAUCAAAAAUGAAGGUUGAGUACUUGAGAUCACUUACUAGUAAUACUGAUUCAGCUGCUAGCAGAGUGAGAAAAGAAAUGGAUUCUGAAAUUGAUGACUGCAAGUUUCAUCUUGAAGCAAUGACAAGACCAGACUAUCAGCCAUUAGUAGAUAAUGAAAGAAUAAUAGAGAAAUUACAUGAAAAAAUAAUAUUAACAAAUAAGAAAUUAAUGACUGAAAGAGAACACACUGAGGAGAUUAUAAAAGAUAUUAGAGGUUUUAUUGAUGAUGUGUGUCAUCAUUUGACUGUUGAUAUUUGAAUAGAUCUUUUGAAAGAGAUUGAGGAGAAAAG